GGGGCCUCUGCGCUGAAGAGCGGCUGCGGACUCUGACGUCACCAAUCAGGAUGCAGAGCACCACCAACUACCUGUGGCUGAUCUCUGACCUGCUGGGUCAGGGGGCCACCGCCAACGUCUACCGGGGGAGGCACAAGAAAACCGGAGACCUGUACGCCGUCAAGGUCUUCAACAACCUGAGCUUCCUGCGGCCGCUGGACGUCCAGAUGAGGGAGUUCGAGGUCCUGAAGAAGCUCAACCACAAGAACAUCGUCAAGCUGUUCGCCGUGGAGGAGGAGUCCAACACUCGCCAUAAGGUUCUGGUGAUGGAGUACUGUCCCUGCGGCAGUCUCUAUACGGUUCUGGAGGAGCCAUCCAACGCCUACGGCCUCCCGGAGGACGAGUUCCUCAUUGUCCUCCACGACGUGGUGGCAGGUAUGAACCACCUGAGAGAGUACGGCAUCGUUCACCGCGACAUCAAACCGGGGAACAUCAUGCGCGUCAUCGGGGAGGACGGCUGUUCCGUCUACAAGCUGACGGACUUCGGAGCGGCCCGGGAGCUGGAGGAUGACGAGCAGUUCGUGUCUCUGUACGGCACAGAGGAAUACCUGCACCCGGACAUGUACGAGCGCGCAGUGCUAAGGAAGGACCACCAGAAGAAGUACGGCGCCACGGUUGACCUGUGGAGCAUCGGUGUCACCUUCUACCACGCCGCCACCGGCAGCCUCCCCUUCAGGCCGUUUGAGGGGCCGCGCCGGAACAAGGAAGUGAUGUACAAGAUCAUCACGGAGAAACCGUCAGGGACCAUCUCUGGUCAUCAGAAGUGUGAGAACGGCAAGAUCGAGUGGAGCACAGAGAUGCCCGUGUCCUGCAGCCUGUCCAAAGGUCUUCAGAGCCUCCUGACCCCGGUCCUCGCCAACAUCCUGGAGGCGGAUCAGGAGAAGUGUUGGGGCUUCGACCAGUUUUUCGCAGAGACCAACGACAUCCUGCACCGAACCGUGGUCUACGUGUUCAGCCUGCAGCAGGCCACCCUGCACCACAUCUACAUCCACGAGUACAACACGGCGGCGCUGUUCCAGGAGCUGCUGUGCCGCAGGACCAGCAUCCCUCUGCACAACCAGGAGCUGCUGUACGAGGGCCGCCGGCUCCUCCUGGACCCCAACCGGCAGGCCAAGAGCUUCCCCCGGACGUCCAGAGACAACCCCAUCAUGCUGGUCAGCCGCGAGUCUGUGGCUACCGUGGGACUCAUCUUUGAAGACCCCAGUCCUCCUAAAGUCCAACCUCGCUACGACCUGGACCUGGACGCCAGUUACGCCAAGACUUUUGCAGGCGACGUCGGACAUCUGUGGAAAACCUCGGAGUCUCUGCUGGUUUACCAGGAACUGGUGCGGAAGGGAGUCCGAGGUCUGAUAGAGCUGAUGAAGGAGGACUACAGCGAGAUCUUGCACAAGAAGGCCGAGGUUUUCUACCUGUGCAGCUGCUGCUCCCAGAUGCUGGAGAAGAGCGAGCAGCUGUUCGAGGUGCUGAUGCAGGCCAGCAUGCUGUCGUCAGAGUACGACGAGGUGUCGGACAUGCACAAGAAGGUGCUCAGGAUCUCCAGCUCUCUGGACCCGCUGGAGCGGAACAUGCAGGACGUGAAGAGCAAGUUCCUGCCCGGAGGUCUGCUGAACGACGGCUGGACGCAGCAAGUGGGGACGCACCCCGAGGACAGGAACGUGGAGAAGAUCAAAGUUCUCCUGGACUCCAUCACCGCCAUCUACCAGCAGUUCAAGAAGGACAAAGCGGAGCGCCGUCUGCCGUACAACGAGGAGCAGAUCCACAAGUUUGACAAGCAGAAACUGGUCCUUCACGCCAGCAAAGCCCGUUCUCUGUUCACCGAGGAGUGCGCCAUGAAGUACCGCCUCUUCAUCUCCAAGAGCGAGGAGUGGAUGAGGAAGAUCCACCAGGUGAGGAAGCAGCUGCUCAGCCUGUCCGGUCAGCUGAUCAGCGUCCAGAAGGAGGUGACCAUGCUGAUGGAGAGGAACAUCAAGCUGCAGGAGCUCCUCCCCCAGAAAGUUCUGCCUCUGGUGUCCAGCGGGAUGAAACCUCAGGCGUACCUGAGCCAGAACACGCUGGUGGAGAUGACUCUGGGGAUGAAGAAGCUGAAGGAGGAGAUGGAGGGCGUGGUCAAGGAGCUGGCAGAGAACAACCACUUCCUGGAGAGGUUCGGGACUCUGACGCUGGACGGAGGCCUGCGAGGCUGAAGGAGGCCCUGGGACGGGUGUGAGGAGCGGUGGGCGGAGCCAUGCCGCUCACACCAGGACCGCCGCGUUUCCACUCCGGAAACGCCGCCAAUCCUGACGGGACUCUGCCGCCAUGGCGCUCACAGCGCUCGCCACCAACCAUUCUGUGCAGACACGUUUUAGAUUUCUUUUUAAAACUUAUUUAAAGUCUUUUCAAAAAGAGUCCGGAGGAACCGAAUCCUGUCGGAACGUUCCUGCUCUGGAAAACGGGAACGUUUGAGCGGAAGACUCAUGAAUGAAAUGUAAAUAAAACUGAAGCAGCUCUUGUGGAAAAGCAUGCUGGGAUUUUUCUGAAUUUACUUAAACAUUUACCAGACAUGAACACCGCCUCCUUUGAGGCGGAGCUUCUCUCUGCUGCUUCUAACAGAAGGUUGAUGGUUCAAAUCCCGUCAGAUCUCCGGACACGGACAUGAUUGUCUUGGGUUUGUGAUUCUCACUUUGUCAGCCAAUCAAACGUCAGCGUUUAUGUUCAGAGAACCUCCAUGAGAGACGGACGAGCAGACGGACGAGCAGACGGACGAGCAGACGGACGAGCAGACGGACGAGCAGACGGACGAGCAGACGGACGAGCAGACGGACGUGCAGACGGACGUGGUCGUUUCUGUUCCAGGAUGUAAACAGCUGCUCAAACAGCCUGUAAAUAAAACAGUCUCUAAGUCCA